CAGUCUGAAGCCGUUGGCUGCUACUGAACCGUUUGGCUCUUUUCUCUACUAGCGAGCAAACCUACAAUCUAGACCCAACUGUACAUCCAGCUCAUUUUUAAGGGGAUUUAUCACUAUAUAUGCCCGUGUUUCCAAAACACAUCGGUCAUUGGGGAUUCCUAGCCCCGCUUUGCCGGGUCUGAAGGCAGUUAUAACGCUUUUUUCGAGGUGUAAUUAGAGCUAGAAAACAACGGUGGUGGAGGAGAUUCCAUAUUAGGAGCACAGAGGAGAAGGCACCCCCCUUGUGUGAUUUGGAGCUUUUGGUUCUGAGCACAUGGUACAAGGUCCUGACUGAAAACACUGGUGGUGCAAACAGACUUACUGCUGUGGCUAGGUGUGUGUGUGCUGACCUCAUGGUGUAACAGGAGUAAAGAUGAGCAUUAGCAGUGAUGAGGUCAACUUCCUGGUCUACAGAUACCUACAGGAGUCAGGGUUCUCCCACUCAGCAUUUACCUUUGGCAUAGAGAGCCACAUUAGCCAGUCCAACAUCAAUGGUGCUCUGGUUCCCCCUGCUGCCCUGAUCAGCAUCAUCCAGAAGGGCCUGCAGUACGUGGAGGCUGAAGUCAGCAUAAAUGAGGAUGGCACGCUAUUUGACGGCCGGCCCAUUGAGUCCCUGUCCCUGAUCGAUGCGGUGAUGCCGGACGUCGUUCAGACGAGGCAGCAGGCGUACCGGGACAAAAUGGCCCAGCAGCAGGCUGCAGCUUCAGCGCCGGCGUCGACCACUGGGGGCACUAUCGCUGGCAAUGCCAAGAACGGAGAGAAUACUGCCAAUGGGGAGGAGAAUGGAGCCCAUGCCUUAGCAAAUAAUCAUGCAGACCUGAUGGAAGUGGACGGUGAUGUAGAGAUCCCUCAGAACAAAGCCAUGGUCUUGAGGGGCCAUGAGUCAGAAGUCUUUAUUUGUGCCUGGAACCCAGUCAGCGAUCUGCUGGCAUCGGGGUCUGGCGAUUCGACGGCUCGUAUUUGGAACCUGAGUGAGAACAGUACAAGCAGCUCCACACAGCUGGUCCUGAGGCAUUGCAUACGAGAGGGAGGACAAGAUGUCCCCAGCAACAAAGACGUCACCUCACUAGACUGGAAUAGCGAGGGCACACUGUUAGCGACGGGCUCCUAUGACGGCUUUGCCAGAAUAUGGACAAAAGAUGGUAACCUGGCCAGUACUCUUGGCCAGCACAAAGGUCCCAUCUUUGCCCUUAAGUGGAACAAAAAAGGCAAUUUUAUCCUGAGCGCAGGCGUAGACAAGACAACAAUCAUAUGGGAUGCCCAUACAGGAGAAGCCAAACAACAGUUUCCUUUCCACUCAGCUCCGGCACUUGACGUGGACUGGCAGAGUAACAACACGUUCGCCUCCUGUAGUACAGACAUGUGCAUCCACGUCUGUAAACUGGGGCAGGACCGACCCAUUAAAACAUUCCAGGGACACACAAAUGAAGUAAAUGCAAUCAAGUGGGAUCCCACAGGAAACCUCCUAGCCUCCUGCUCAGAUGACAUGACGCUGAAGAUCUGGAGUAUGAAGCAGGACGCCUGCGUCCACGACCUGCAGGCGCACAGCAAAGAAAUCUACACCAUCAAAUGGAGUCCCACUGGCCCUGGAACAAACAAUCCCAGUGCUAACCUCAUGCUAGCCAGUGCAUCAUUUGAUUCCACCGUCCGUCUUUGGGACGUGGAUAGAGGCAUCUGUAUCCACACGCUGACCAAACACCAGGAGCCCGUCUACAGCGUGGCUUUCAGCCCUGAUGGUCGCCAUCUGGCUAGCGGCUCCUUUGACAAAUGCGUGCACAUCUGGAAUACACAGACGGGAGCUUUAGUCCACAGUUACAGAGGGACAGGGGGAAUCUUUGAGGUUUGCUGGAACGCAGCGGGGGAUAAAGUGGGAGCCAGCGCAUCAGACGGAUCUGUGUGUGUAUUAGACCUUCGGAAAUAGUGCUGCCGUUUGUUGGAAGCCAUGGACCGACCAUGAAUGUGUACAUAGCCAAAUGACUGUCCCUGCCUGCCCUGCCCUGCGUACUGCUCACGCUUACGACUUCGGCCCCGCCCACCGACAGACAGGAAGCAGGGAACAGGAACAGGAAGCAAGCACCCGACACAGCAGGUCCAGACACAGGGGUGAACAGACGGACGGACAGACACAGAUGGAUAAACGUGCUGAUGGAAGCGGCCCUCUCUGUCUGCGCAGACUCUUAAAGAGAUGCAGCACGGACACGGCGAGAAAAGAAAAAUGAAAAAAACAAAACAAAAAAAAGUCAAAACUGAUAGACAAAAAAAAAAAAAAGAAAAAAAAGAAGAAGUUACAGAUCCGUAUAUGUACCAAAAUUUGGAAGCUGUUUUGCUUUUUUCGAUCUUUAAACCAUGCUCAUCGUCAUCAAAAUGAAAAAGUAUGAAAAAAGUGUUGAUCUUUGUUACUAGUCGGAUCUCAUCGUGCGGACAUAUCUCCACCACAAAAAUAGGAUGGCACUUAGUUUUUUUUAAAUUUCAGAACUCUCGUUUCGAUGUUUUUAUAUUUUCUAUCUUCGGGGGGAAGGGGCGGGGCGGGAGGGGGGCUUGGUGAGGUUUUACAGGUUUAGGAGGACGACAGACACACAAAACAGACACACACAAACACGCAGCCCAAACCAAACCGUUACGAAGAGCAGCGUCCUCGCCAUGAUUUCCAAACAGUGCAGCAAAACGAAGGCUUUUUCUUCUUCAUGCGUUUCAGCGAUUUCCACCUGCAGCUGGGAGUGGGUCUCAUGGUUAAAUGCAGUUCUUAAUACGUAGACACACUCUAGUUCCCCCUCUGUGCCUCCACGCAGGCAUGGAUAACACAGGUCAGGAUUCUUUUACCCCGCUGAUCAAAACUUUGUUGCCUUCAGUUUUUUGAAACUUAACAGCAACAGGAAUUUCCAGCUCAAAUACACAGUCGUCGAGGUGUCAUUUGACAAUUUUAAGACUACAAACAUCUCUAAUUGGAUUCAACUUCAGCUGUCUGAGACCAAAAGAGUGAGAAAACUCGGCAUCACGUUUCAGUGUCGGUGCUGCCGGAGGCAAGAAAACAGAGUAAAGUGUUACACAGUUAAAACGUGGAAGAUGAUCCCAAAAUGGAAAAGUUUUCUUUUUCAUUAGCUGGAUGACUUUUGAAGAAUUAAAGUUAGAUUGUGUGCAAGUUUAGCUGUGCAGCUACUUGUUUCAGCUAGUUUUAUUCUGGUUCUGGACGCUGAUGUAAACAGGCAGUUUUCAAACACCGAUCAGUCUGACUGUUAACAGGAAGUUUGCGCAUACCACGGGCCCUUUUCACGUUAAAUUUAAAUGAGACUUUUGAAUCUCUGCAAGUGACCAGUGCAGUUGCUGACAUUUAUACCUGUGCAUGGUGUGUGUAUAAUUCCACUGUUAGGUGGACUACAUGAAGUAGAAAUUUCAGGAUAAGAAACUGGCAGAAAGUCUGUGGUAGGGAGUAGCUUUGGAUACCGCCUCGAUCUGAUCAUGCUACCUGGUGAGCGAGGUCAGUUGUGGCUUUCUUUGCUUGGUUCUGAAAACAGUAAUUAUUUGGCUUUGCCAUCUUGGUUGAAUUCAAACAGUAACUUCAUAAAAGUCCCUAAAAUAUUUUUAUAAUUGAAACUUUAGGGUUUUUUUAAACAGUUUUUUAAAUAUGGUCACUCAGAUUUCCCCGGCAGGCAGCGGAGGGCCGCUCAGAGCGACCCUUUACAAGAAGAAGAAGAACAGGGACGAGCCGUCUGCGCGGAUCAGAACGCACUCGAGUGCGUUAGGAACUUAUUAGAGGCACCAAAGGACAAACAAACCAGACACAAACAAAUGGCUAAAAGUCACAGCGUGACGGUUUUGGUGAAUUAAAAGUAAAACAUGACGCUGCAUCUUUAGUGUGUUUUUUGCUCAUCUGCCCUCUCAUCGUCAUUCUUGGUUUUAUGCACCAAAAAUUCAGCUUAAAUUUUAUUCUGAAGGUCCCUGCUGACGAGACGUUUUAUACUCUUUUAAAGACAAAUUUAAAGUUUUUGUAAUUUCUUUGUAGAGCUGAAGAAAAAAAUGUGAAUUGAUUUAUUGGCAGUGUUAAUUUCCAUGUUGAAUAAAUUUUAAAGAUAUUUUUUUUGUUACUCUGAUGCAAACAGUAAAGGUUGACCCUGUAAUGUAAAAGCUUUCUGAGCUGAGCUGUCAUUCUGAAGGCACCUUUCCUGGGGAGCGUUUUCCCAGGAGCAAAUCACCACUAAAUUUGUCUAUGUUUUAAUAAAAAAAAAGUUUUAAUUUUUAUUUUGCUUGAAUCCAUUCGGGAAGCUUUGUCCCUGAAUCGCUGUCUCCUGAAAGUCCAUUAAACACGAGAUUGUAAUUCUUAAGUUGAGCCAGGUAAAGUUGGGAGUCACACAGAUGUUUCUUUGAGAGAGUCGCUCCAGACGCAGGUCAGCGGUCGAGUAUGGAGUUAUAUUUGUGUCUGCGUGUCAUUGCACACGUGAACAUGGCUGCUCUGUUGGGCACCUGCUGUGCGUCUGGGCAGGAGCUUCUCAGAUGAGAGCGAGGGAAACGUAACAGUUGGAAAACACCUAUAAAAGCUGAGACAACUAUAACUCAAUACGCGAGUUAAACCUCCGAACCAAAGAACUCAUUCUAGGUAAAAUCCACCAAAAUCCUAAUUGGCCAAAAAAAAGUGCAUCCAUGAAUGCAACUUCAGAGGUUUAAUUAAACCCAAACCUGCCUCGAGGAGAAGUUCUGCCUCUGAGAAAAGUUUGUACAAUUGCAAAUUAACUCAUUUCUUCUUCUCUACCCUGUAAUAAAUUUCUACUUCUGGGCUGACGGUUUUCAUGCAUCAGUGUUAAAAGUCUGAUAUUUUGUACCUGUUCUUUUUCUUUUUUUAACUUCCCUGUACUCAAAGCAUUCAAGUGCUGAAAUUCCUCCCAACAUGUCACACGGGCAGGGUCCCCCUGAUUUGGUCUGUGCCACAGAGUCAGCCCGGCAGCGCCUGCGAUGGGCUCCCCGAGCCUCUUUGUUUUUCUCUGCAGCUCGCAUCACUUUCAUGUGUCAUCAUUUAAGUCCGAUCAGUGAAACUUAAGUGCAGAAUAAAAUAUAUUUUGAUAAGA